AUGGCGACCUUUGCGGAAGCAGAAAAGCUUCCUGACUGGGCCAAUCUAUCCGUUCUUCACAAAAACACACUGCAGCCACGCUCAAAUUUCCAUCUCUAUAAUAAUGAGACAGACGCUCUCUCACGAGACAUCAGCAAGGCCAAAGUCCACAGUCUCGCCGGAGAAUGGAAGUUCGAUCUCGUCAACUCCCCCUUUGAAGCGCCUGCCGGAUUUGAGUCUCCUUCUUUCGACAGUUCGAGAUGGGCAAGUAUCGAAGUGCCAUCCAUGUGGCAGCUUCAAGGAUUCGGUCGAGGGCCUCACUACACCAACGUACAAUAUCCGUUCUUCGUCGACCCGCCGUAUCCUCCCUACACCGACAACGAGUGCGGCUCUUACAUCACUCGAUUCCAAGUCCCGGAUCAUCUCGGAGACCAUCAGCUGCGACUCCGCUUUGAAGGCGUAGAUUCUGGUUUCCACGUUUGGGUGAAUGGCACAGAAGUCGGCUAUAGUCAGGGAGCCAGAAACCCCAGCGAGUGGGACGUUGCCGAUCUGGUAAGGUCUGGCGAGGAGAACACUCUCGCAGUGAGAGUGUACCAAUUCACGGACGGCUCCUACAUCGAAGAUCAAGAUCAAUGGCGAAUGUCUGGUAUCUUCCGAGACGUCUUCCUCCUCGGCUUUCCUCGUGAGAAUCGACUUGAAGAUCUCUCCGUAGAGACCGUGCUUGACAAAGAUUAUCAGGACGCAACUUUGAAAGUGUCUGCACUCAUCGGAGGAUCUGGCAGCGUCAGUGUCAAGCUUUUGGACGCAUCGCGUCAGGAGAUUGCCUCGGAGUCUGGGAAGAAGACGGAUCAGUCUGUCGGUACAGUUUCCUUCUCGAUCUCGGUCAAGAAUCCGAAGAAGUGGACGGCCGAAACCCCCAACCUCUACAAUCUCGUUGUGUCGAUCGACGGCAAGCAGUUUACAGCGCACCGUGUUGGCUUCAGAGUAGUGGAGCUUAAAGAUGGACUCAUCAAAGUCAACGGCAAGCGAGUUGUUUUCAAGGGCGCCAACCGCCACGAGCACUGUCAAACUGGACGCACGGUACCAUACGAAUUCAUGAAGCGAGAUCUGCUUCUGAUGAAGACCCACAACAUCAAUGCUAUACGCACUUGCCACCAGCCCAGCGAUGUGAGACUGUAUGAUCUCGCCGAUGAGAUUGGUCUUUGGGUUAUGGACGAGGCAGAUCUUGAGUGCCACGGAUUCGAGACAAUUGCUGAUCAAUCUCUGUCGCCUGAGCAGCAAGCUCUACCGUUCUUCGAGCGACAACAAUUGACAAAAGAGCAUGCCGCGAAGUGGACAUCAGAUAAUCCAGAAUGGAAGGAGGCAUACGUCGAUCGUGCGAAGCAGAUGGUCUACCGAGACAAGCUGCACCCUUCUGUUGUCAUGUGGUCUCUCGGCAACGAGGCCUUCUACGGCCGCAAUCAUGCAGCAAUGCGUGAUUGGAUCAAGGAGUACGACCCAACAAGAUUAGUGCACUACGAACCAGAUCUCGAUGCCGAGAAGAUGGAUAUGCACUCACGAAUGUAUCCCAAUGUCUCCGACAUUAUCUCAUUUGCAAAGGACGACACAAAGACGAAGCCAUUAGUUCUGUGCGAGUACAUUCACGCCAUGGGUACUGGACCUGGCAACAUCAAGGAAUACGUCGACGCUUUCUACCAAUACCCCAAGCUGCAAGGUGGCUGGGUCUGGGAAUGGGCCAACCACGGUCUCUUGACUAAGUCCAAAGACGGCAAGCCCUUCUACGGAUAUGGAGGAGACUUUGGAGAUGUUCCCAACGAUUACAACUUUGUGAUGGACGGUGUACUGAAUUCGGAUCACUCUCCAAGGAGCGCGCUCGUAGAGUACAAGAAGGCGUUGGAGCCAGUACAGAUCGUGUCGUGGUCUGACAAGAGCGUCAGUCUCAUCAACAGACUCGACUUCGACACUCUGGAGCAUCUCGACUGCACCUGGAGUGUCUCAGAUGACUCUGGAUCGACACCGGGUGGCGAGAUCGACAGCUCCCUUUUGGCUGUCGAGCCCGGAGCUACAUUCGAGCUGGCUAUUCCCGGCAGUCUGACGGGUCUAGCCAAGGAGUCUUUCUUCAAUCUUAGCUUCAAGCUGAAGGAGAAGAUUACCUGGGCAGACGCAGGACAUGAGGUUGCUCUCCUUCAAAUUCCCCUUUCACCGCCGAAUGUCAUCUCUGCUCCGACUGCUUCGACAAGCUCAUCUCUGAAGGCCAGUGCGACUACGACGAGGCUCGAAAUCGAGAACAGCACGUCUCAAUGGUCGUUCGACUUGAUCCGCGGUCGCUUGGUCUCAUGGAAGAAAAACGGCAAAGAACUCGUGACUGAGCCGUUAGAGCCAACAUUCUACAGAGCUCCGACUGACAACGAUGCCCCGUCUGACGGCAAAGAUUGGAAGGCGAAGUUCAUGCAUCUUGCCAGAGUCCAUACGAGGAGUGUGCGGUGGCAAGAGAAGGAUGGCGUGGUGUCAGUGGAACUUAACCAAAAGUUCGCACCACCCGUAUUAUCGUGGAGCCUGGAGCUCCAGACGAAGUACGUUUUCACCUCCUCAGGAGCCAUCAGAGUCCACGUGAAAGGCACGCCGUCCGGCCAAAAUCUCCCCAAAACGCUUCCCCGAGUCGGCAUAACUCUAGGCCUGCCAGAAAACUUCCAGAACAUCAAUUGGUUCGGUCGCGGACCCCGAGAAAGCUACAGGGAUAUGAAACUCGGCCAAAGAAUAGACCUGCACUCCGUGUCCCGAGUCGACGACCUUUGGGAAGCGCCCGAGUUCCCUCAAGAAUGCUCCAAUCGCACCGACACACGUUGGCUCGAGCUUUCCUCAGCUGAGACCUCUCUCACGGCCCAAUUCAUCACUUCCGCGACCGGUGAGGAGCGCCACCUCUUCGACUUCAUGGCAAGCCACUACAAUGUCAAGGAUAUCGAUGAGGCGCAACACCCUUACCAGUUGGACGAGAAGAAAAAAGAUCAUGUGGUAUUGAGACUGGAUGCGUACCAUCAUGGUCUAGGCACCGGAUCGUGUGGCCCGAAGACGCUGGAGGAGUAUGCAUUGAAGACGGAGCCGUUUGAGUUCACCCUGCUUUUGCAUUAAGCGUCGAUCGCCCAGUUCGGGCGUUUUUCGUGGUGUCGAGGAAACCUCGCAGCACGGAAGCAACCCUCGCUGACGGUGAAAGCAGAUAGUGUACAUACAUAGAACACAUGCCAAGAAAAGCCACCACUGCAGGAGC